GACAGAUGUGGCUUUGAACUAAAUCAUGAGGCUGGUACCGUAUAUGGUUUUGCCUCCACACGAAGAGAAUGCCCCCCAGCUCCCGUCCCCGGUCCAGCUGUUGAGGGAUCCAUUACGCAAUACUGUGUGAGAAUUUAGGACAAUGGACCAAUCGAAAAGCGUCGCGCUGAAAUUCAAACGUGCAUUAAGCAAAACGUGCAAGUACUUACGAUAUUACUCCGCUAGUAAAGCUAGAUUUAAUAAAGUUAUAUUCUACAUUUAAAAUCGAUUUUAAUGUGAAAGUGAUGCACGUUGUUACAUAUAGGUUGCAAUUACUAACUAAUUUUGACAAAUUUAUUCACGAUUGCUAAAUUUGGCCUCGAUUCCCACGGGAUUUACUUUGUUUUUAUGUAGUAAUAUGUAAACACCGGCGGUGAAUAAUGCGUAUUUUCAGUUUAGUAAUUUCACGUCCGUAUAGCGUCCCCCGACAGACUGAAAGGUUAGGAUUUUCUUUCAGUCACGCUCCACAUGAAGUAAUAGGUCAAAAUGACGCUGCACGGAAAAAUUGUAGUGAUCAAGAGAAACGGUGCUGAUGGUGCCCAUUUCCCCUUAACGGCAGAGCAGUGUUUGUUUGGAAGAACUAAUGAGUGUGAUAUCCGCAUUCAGUUGCCCAAUGUUUCCCGCGAGCAUUGUAGGAUUGAUGUACAAAAAAAUGGAGAGAUACACAUAGUCAAUUUAAGCCAGGUGAAUCCCACUCUCUUGAAUAGCAAGGCUGUCCCGGAGAGAGAACCCGUACAGCACAAGGAUGUCUUUACCAUCGUUGAUAGGUCUUUCAGGUUCGAAUACCCUCCAGGCUCUUCCCGAAGGACUUCCAUCAAACCAGAGGUCCAGAGCCCAGUAAUAUCAUCCACCACAGCUAAGACGCCCAGUGCUGGUGGUGACACACCAAAAUCUGCAAAGAAGGCGCCAGAGAAAGCUGCAACACCCGCCCAGAAGAAGGCUGCUACUCCUGCUAAAGCCACCCCCAAAGCACCUGCCACACCCAAGGCAGCCACCCCCAAGACACCCAAGUCUGCCAAGAAGGAAUCUCCAAAAGAUUCCGCCCCAACACCCAAGGCAAAGUCACCCGCCGCUCCUAAAACACCCAAGUCUGCUAAGAAAGAAGCUACAGCUGCUGCACCAACGCCCAAGGCCAAGUCACCUGCCGCUCCGAAGACACCCAAGUCUGCCAAGAAGGAGUCUCCCAAGGCUGUUACUCCUAAGCCCAGCUCACCUGCCACACCUAAAACUCCAAAGUCUGUGAAGAGAGAAGCCCCCAAGCCUGCAACGCCUGAAGAACCUGCCGCUCCAAAGACUCCCAAGUCGGCUAAGAAGGAAUCACCAAAGGCAUCGACUACUCCAAAGAGCAAGACGCCAGUGAAGAAGACUCCAGUGAAGGCCUCUCCCAAAUCACAAACACCGAAGGCUUCUCCAGGCUCUGCUAAGAAGGCUUCUCCAGGCUCUGCUAAGAAGGCCUCUCCGGCUUCUGCUAAGAAGGCCUCUCCUGCUUCUGCAAAGAAGGCUAGUCCUAAGACACCAGCUCCGGCAACUAAGAGACGCAGUGGAUCACUCAGCAAGAGUGGCGGAAAGAUGACACCGUUCGGUAGUCCACGUGUACCCAAGACCACCCCUCUGAAGAACUCCAUCAGUCAGCUUAGACGUCGAUCUGCACCCGUCAAGGAAGAGGAAGAAGGUGUGUCCCCGGCGAAGAAGGCCACGCCCAAGAAGUCUCCCAAGGCUCCAACUCCUAAAUCUGCAGGCAAAUCUGCCAAGAAAACACCAGCAUCAGAGUCCGGUAAAAAACGCAAGAGCAGCAAUAGCGAUGCAGCACCCAGUGCCAAGAGGAAGCGUGUCUCAUUUGGUCCUUCCCUGAGCCCAGAGCAGUUUGAUAAGUACCUUCCUCCACUAACUCCAAUAAAACGAGGACAGUCUCCUGCUAGGAGGUCUCUAGGUAGUGCAUCUAUCACUCCUAAGGGAAGAUCCUAUAAGAAACGUGCUUCUAUAGCUGCGAUCGUCACCCAUCCAGCCAUUGAAGAAGAACCAACUCCUAAGAAGUCUCCUGCCACAAAGCCAAAAGCUUCACCUAAGGCAGCUACUCCCAAGGUUUCACCUAAGGCAGCUACUCCCAAGGCUUCACCCAAGGCAGCUACUCCCAAGGCUUCACCCAAGGCUGUUACUCCCAAAGCCUCACCUAAAGCAGCAACUCCAAAGGCCUCUCCCAAGGCAGCUACACCAAAGGCAGUAACACCCAAGGCUUCAUCUAAAGCAGCCACCCCUGAGACAACACCCAAGAUGGCAACACCAAAGGCUUCGCCCAAAGCAGCCACUCCUAAGACUACACCAAAGGCAGCUACACCUAAAGCAGCAACUCCAAAGGCAGCGACCCCUAAGGUAUCUCCUAAAGCCACUACCCCCAAGGGAAGGCUCUCUCCUAAACGUUCACCAAAGCGACCAGCAUCAUUGUCAGAUGAGAGUUUCACUGGCCUUCCGGAGCUCUUCAAGACACCGUCCCCUCAGAAAGUGAGUCGCGUCAGCCAGGGGAAAGUCUCCAAGGUUACCCCGCAAUCUGCCUCGGUGGUGAGGAAGAUUGCUACACCUAUGAAGGAGGAGAUCAAGAAAGCAGCUGAGUCCAAGAGACGAAGCCUGCCCAAGGCCAUUCCACAACACAUGAAGGCUGAGAUUGUUGCCGAAGCAGCCUUGAGACAGAAAAGACGACCAUCACCUAAGAAGGCUUUGAGCACCCCGUUGAGAACUGCCAUCAAGAAGGGUGUGCAGCUGAAGAAAUCAUCUCCAAAGCCCACAACGCCUGCUAAGACACCAACCCCAAAGAAAGGAGCGAGUCCAAAGCCUGUUACUCCUGCAUCAGCCAAAAAGGCAUCUGAGGAGAAGACACCGGUGAAGGCUGCUACACCUAAAGCGGCUACUCCAAAGGCUGCUACUCCUAAAGCUGUGACUCCAAAGGCUGCAACACCUAAGGCUGCUACACCUAAGGCUGUUACACCAAAGGCAGCUACACCUAAGGCUGCUACACCUAAGGCUGUUACACCUAAGGCGGCUACACCUAAGGUGACUACACCCAAGGCUGCUACACCUAAGGUGGCCACACCAAAAGCUGCUACACCCAAGGCUGCUACACCUAAGGUGGCUACACCCAAAGCUGCUACACCUAAGGCUGCCACACCUAAAGCAGCUACUCCUAAGGCAGCUACUCCUAAGGCCAAAACUCCUGCAAAGAAGACACCUGCUAAGACUGCCACCCCCAAGAAGACCCCAGCAAAGAAAGUGGCCAAGAAGACUCCAGCCAAAUCUGCUUCUAAGAAGACACCAGCAAGAUCGGCCGUAAAGAAGACCCCAGCCCGCUCUGCCUUGAAGAAGACGCCUGCCAGGAGUGCCAUCAAAAAGACUCCUGCCAGGCCCAAGUCUGCCCGUAAGCCAGCAGGGAAACCUACCUGGGCUGACAUUGCCAAGAGGGGCGCUGCUGUCAAGUCUUCCAAGCCGAGCUGGACUGUCAAGUGGGCUGGCAAGGCUAAGGCCAAGGCUAUCACCAAGAAGGUGCAGAAGGUGCGAAAGCUAAAGGCCAAGACACCAAAGAAGGUUGCUAGGCUUGGAGUUGGUAGCACUGGUCAUGUUGAUUCUCCUGCCACCAUUGUAUUAAAGAAGACUUUGAAGGCAAAGACUCCAGUGAAGACAAAGAAGGGACGAAAGACGCCAUACAAGAAACCUCCAACAAAGAAGACUGAUUCUGUUGCAGACCUUAGCUUUUCAGGAGUACAGGAGCUUUUCCAAACCCCACCACCAACUAAACAAAGCAAAUCAACCCCAGUCAACACCCCUGACCUCAAGACUCCGGAAGGACCAGGAGAGAUGUUUGUAUCACCUCUUACCACUUCUCCAAAGAAAUCUGCAACCAAGAGAACGUCCGCAGGAAAGGUCACCAAGCCCGGUAGAAAGUCGGAGGGUUUGACUGGUGUAGCACGCCUGAUAAAAACUCCCAAGCAAAAGGGCAGGCAAUCAGUCGAUGUUGGAGUUCUGUCUGCAUUGUUCAAGUCACCAAAACAGAAAGCUGAAGCUAAGACACCUGAAGUAAUGGGAUUGACAAGGCUCUUCAAUGAGAAGGAGAAGACCUCUAAAUCUCCCAAAACACCCAGAAUGGCUGGUCUAUCUAAGAUGAUGAAAACACCAAAGUCCCAACCAUCACCUAAGUUCACAGGUAUCAAAGAGAUGAUGAAAACUCCUAAGCAGGAUGACCCAUACACAGAUUUUGAAGGUGUUCCAGAUCUCUUUUCAUCUCCAGCUGCCAUGAAAUUAGAGAAGACACCAGUUAAACCGUCUAUGAAGAGGAAGAGGACUGAGACACCAGCUGCCAAGCCAGCCAAGAGGCAGAGGGUUCAGAAGACACCUGCCAAGACACCAGCUAAGGCUGCAAAGACUCCAGCAAAAUCCUCAGCAGUUACACCGAAGACCACUCCUGCUAAAUCUCCUGCUGCAGCUAAGGAGACCCCAGCAAAAUCACCUGCUGCUGUAAAGAAGACACCUGCUAAAUCCCCUGCUGCCACAAAGAAGACCCCAGCAAAAUCGCCUGCUGCUGUAAAGAAGACACCUGCAAAGGCUCCUGCCACCCCCAAGGUAACCCCUGCUAAGUCUCCUGCUGCAGCAAGUGAGACUAAAACCAAAUCACCUGCCGUUGUAGCCAAGAAGACUCCUGUGAAGGAGGUGAAACCGAAGAGGUCUGCAAAGAGUACUAAGGCAGCUACUCCAGCCAAAUCUCCAGCAAAGCAAUCAAGGAGAGGCAGAUUUACAAAGGCCUCUUCUCCAGCUAAACCUGAGCCAGCUGCAGUUGAAACUAGUCCUGAAAAAACCCCAGUCAAGAAAACAACCAGGGGAAAGAAGAAGGUCGUAGCAUCACCUGUCAAGUCACCAGUGCAAAAGACAACAAGAAGGGGAAAGGCCAAGACCACUUCAGAACCUCAACCAGAAACUGUUGAGCCCAGUCCUGUAAAGGCACCAGUUAAGAAGUCCACACGGGGAAAGAAGGCCGCACCAGCAUCCCCCAUCAAAUCUCCGGUAAAGAAAACAACAAGAGGUAGGAAAGCAGUUUCUCCUGCGAAACCUGUAGUUGAAUCCCCCAAACCUACCCCGGAAAAGGCACCUGCUAAGAAGGGAAGGAGAGGAGCUAAAGCUGUCACUGUUGAAACCAGCCCAGUAAAAACUCCAGCAAAGAGGACGACUCGAGGUCGAAAGGCAGUUACACCCAAGAUAUCACCAGUAAAGAAGGUGGCUACACCCAAGAAAUCACCAGUAAAGAAGGCAACCAGGGGUGGAAAGGCAGUGGCCAAGUCUGUUGAAGUUGCCUCAGAGGCAUCAGUACCUACACCUGUAAAGACCCCAGCCAAGAGAACUACUAGAGGAAGGAAGGCUGCAUCACCAGCAAAAUCACCUGUCAAGAAGCCUGCUAAAGUAGGAAAGAAGGCAGCGAAAACUGUUGAACCAGAACCAGUCAAAGCCACUCCUGUGAAAACACCAGCAAAGAGGGCAACCAGAGGAAGGAAGGGAGUAUCCCCUGUCAAAUCGGUAAAGAAGGAAGCACCUGCUGCAGCUCCCAAACGGGGGGCUAAGAGGGCUGCCCCAGACCCAGAACCAGUAGCAUCUCCAGCUCCCAAGAGGAGCAAAGCAGGACGUUUGAAAGCAGCCCCUAAGGAUUCGCCUAAACCUGCUACCCCUAAGCCAUCACCAAAGGUAACACGGAGGGGAAAGGUAGCAACCAAAGCUGCAACACCUAAGGUUACCAAGAAAGCAGCCAAAGAACCUAAAGUGACUACCCCGAAGCCAUCCCCAAAAGUAACACGGAGAGGCAAGGUAGCUGCCAAAGCAGCAACACCCAAGGUGACCAAGAAAGCAACCAAGGCUGCAGCACCCACUCCAAAGGCCACACGAGGAAAGAAGAAUGUGGUAAAGACUCCAGAGCCCGUAAAGCCAUCGCCAAAGGUGACAAGAGGAAGGGGAAAGGCCCCAGCAAAGGCAGCGAAAGCAUCACCAGCUCCAACUCGAUCCACCCGUUCAAGAAGAAAGUGAAAUAUAUAAUAGAGACUACCACAGUACCAUUUUUCUUCUAUUCUCAUCUGUAAAUAUCUUGUAUAAUAUGUAGAAUUUUAUCUGGAAACCAAUGUUGGCAAAGGAUUGGUGAAAUGCGAGCAAGUUCAUGGUAACAAUUUAGACAAAUGAAAAUAUUCUUGAAUUUUUGAUAACUUUCUGUGAAAGUGUACAUAUGUGAAUGGUUUUUAAUUUUUUUUUACACUGCUCAGCCUCAUGUAAUAAAAUUCAACCCAUGUACAUUGAAUUAUUCACAUUGCAAAACAAGACGUUUGUAACAAUGUUCUUUAUUCAGGAUGGCAGUCAACAAAAUGGUCUUCAUGCCCCAACAAUAACAAGUGGGCUUUGUGCGAUAUCUACCUCAUGAGAGUUAUAAUAUGCACGACAUUCACCAUGCAUUUUAACAAAAUUAUAUAAUGUAAAUAAAACUGCUUUUAUAGAAUAGUUUGCUGGGAUGAGUAACUAAUAUUUUGAUACAUGUACAGAUGUGUUUUUAAUGAACCAUAACAGUGAAUCAACUUGCCGAAAUUUAUGAUUAUUAUGGAUGAAGCCUGGCUGACUGUCGGUCUAUUUCAUAAGACUGAUAUAUUUUAUCUACUUUACAAUUAAGAAUGUGGACUAGGGUGUUAAUGAAUUUGAUGAAAUAUUGGCAUCAAUUUUCGUGUAGUUUCAAUUUCAAUUCAAUUUAAUUAUUUAGCUCUCGUUAAAAUAAAAUACAAGCAACUAUGAUUUACACAGAAAAUAUAAACACAGUGGAUUUGAUCCUUAAAAAGUGACUCCCAUUCAUGGCACAUUCCCAUUUCAGAAUUUAUCAGAAUUUGAGAUUUAAUUUUGAAAAGCACACAUAUUGGAAAUCAUGAUUACCCUCAGAAAGAUAUAUGCUUAAUUUAUGAUUUCAUUGAAUUCAUUAUUGUGCAUUUAUUACAGACUAGCUCGGAUAUUGAAUUUUAAGGUAUUUGACGGCGUCUUUUUCUAUUUCUGAAGGCAAAUAAUUAAUCUUUGUACAUAUAUGCAAUGGCUGUUCUAAGUGAUGUAUAUAGUCUUCUUUGUAUUCCAUGAUUGUGCCUAGUCUUUAUGAUAAUUGGGUGCUGGCAAUAUGUGACAUGUACAUAGAUGAAAGAAGACAUUAACACCCCAUGAACAUUCCAGGCCGUCUUAAAAUUUUCAGGCACUUUUUCUCUUUGAAAAAAAACUUUGAAGAAAAACCUGCCAACUAUUUUGUUCUGAAGAAAAACAAGGAUCGGUAAUGUGUUCUUAUUAAGAAAAAUCAAGUUAGUUAAUGAAUUGAAAUGUUUAGGAUUUUAACACAAAUAAAUAAUGCUCUUGGCAUUUGUUUCUGAUGUUAGACAUUUCAGGAUUUAGAUAGAGCUCAAGUUUUUUGGAAUAUCUCAGAAUGAAGUGUGUCGGAUAUAUUUUACUGAAGUAGAAAAUCACUGUGAGUACAAUUUUGUACAUUAUUGAAUUGCCUGAACAAUAUGCAUUCUUGUAUGUUAUACACGUCCCCAUACACUAGUUUGCUUUGCUUUCUUGUAGUUUUCCAUAAUGCCUUGAAUGUUGUGGCAUUAAGACAGAUGUUUUGCUCUUAAAAAGUAUUGUGAACAUGUAGAGUUUCGGGUUUGUGCGCUUUUGCAUUGUACCGAUAUUGAAGGGGAAAAUACAUAUGUAUGUACAGAUUGUAGAUUGUUGUAUAAAAAUGAUUCAGUCUGCGUGAUGGGGGCGCAGUAAAUGUGUUGUAGUGAUGUGUACAUGGAUUUUAUAGUUUGUAUAUAUGCUUUCAUGUUAAUGAGUCUGAACUCUUUAACAUGUGUGCAUUUUGUACUGAAAUUCUGUAUCUAGCUCAUUUUGUGUGAUGGAGAAAUUUAGGACCAAAUUUUAGAUGCUUAAACUAGGCAAGAUUAUUCACUUGGGGACCAAAUUUUAGAUGUUAAUAUUCAUAAUGGGAUGUUCUUAUCAAGUUUUGUGUGAAAGUCAAUACCCUUUUUUAAGAUGUUGCAUUUUAAAGUGUUUAUUUAAUAAGGUUUUUGUUUGCAUAUAUCUUCUAUUUAUCUUACUUUUUUGUAAUUUAUUGUAUACACAUUUUAGGGGGAAAAUCAAUUAGCACCCUUCAUUAAAUGCAACAAUGGGAGUUCAUUAUUUGGUGCAACUUUGCAUCCAAAGAAGUCUUUGCAUCUUUUAGGGUGCAAACUUGCUUCUCCAGGUGCAAAGAGGGACCCUUUUUUCUACGUGUAUACAAGGAUAACUGUCAGCAAGAACCACAUUACAUGUCUGUUGACUGUGCACCACAUCAAUGCAAAAAAGGAGUACAGUUCAAUACCUCCAAACCCCUGUAAAUAAACAAAAAUACAUCAUGAUGAUUUUGUCUGAUGGUUUUACAGUGUUAUUGUGAAAUUGUAAAUACUGUAUUUUAUGUUCCUUUUGCUUUUCUUUUUUCUUUCAUCGUUCAAUGUGUGUGUGUAUGUUUUCUUUUUUGUUGACGUAGUAAAUUUCACUGUAAACCUCCA